GUGAAAGGGCCUCCCCAUCACAACGUGCCAAAUCCCUCUGGGCUGGACAGGCCGUUGCCAGCUCCCUUGUGUGUGAGGUGUAAAUGCUGCUGUUAGACCAGGAUCCCCCCCUAGGACGUGGUGACUGACUCCUUCCACACCCAGACAAGGCUUAGAGAGCUCCAGAACCAAACCAGCCCAUAGUCUGCCGGAGGAAUUGUCCUGGAAGAGACGAGAGGUUUAAAUGAAGUGUUUGGUCUUGCUGCUGGGAUUGUUAUUCAGAGGCAGAGCUGCAGGGAACAUCUCAUCUGUAACAAGCAGCCAUCCACGCCAUGCCCCAAACCCCGGUCUGUGCACACCAGCAAGGCGCUGGUGCUGUGCUCCGGCGGUGGCAUCGCCGCGCUGGUGCCUGUGUUUGCCAGGGGAGGGUGCAGGCGUGGCUGCGGUGAUCACACCCCACCAGGGAGGGCCCUGAAACCAAACCCUGCGUGUACCUGCCGCUGGUUCCACCUCUGCUCGCCUCACCACUGCUUAAGGAGCUUCUCCCGAGUGCUGCAGGGACCUUGGGGAGCAGCUCAAGGGACCAGGGACCACCUCUGACCGCGCUGCUGCAGGAGACCAUAUCAUGUGAGCAGAAGGGGAAGCCUGGAGUGGGACCCGUGCCUGCCCACGCCUGGACUCGGCGUCGCCGGGGCCACAUCUUGCACGAAGAGGAAGAGGAAAAGACAGUUCAUUCCCCCUUGCUAAAGAUGGGAGACAGCAUCUGUGCAGCAGAGCAGGCAGGGAAGCUCCAGACCUGGCCUGUGGGGCACCCCUGGCUGUGCCGCAGCCGGAGCACCGCAGCCCACUGGCACUAGGGCUGCGGGCCAGCGCGGGGCAGGCAGCCUGGGCCAGCGCGGGGCAGGCAGCCUGGGCCAGCAUGUUCUUCCACAACAGCAAGACCCAGCUUCUGCUGGUCAACUUGCUGACGUUCGGCCUGGAGGUGUGCCUGGCUGCAGGGAUAACCUACGUGCCUCCGCUGCUGCUGGAAGUGGGUGUGGAGGAGAAGUUCAUGACCAUGGUUUUGGGGAUAGGACCUGUCCUUGGCUUGGUUUUUGUCCCGCUGAUCGGAUCCGCCAGCGACCACUGGCACAGCAGCUAUGGCCGGAGGAGACCUUUCAUCUGGAUGCUUUGCCUGGGAGUCCUGCUCAGCCUCUUCGUUAUCCCACACGCCAGCAGCCUGGCCAGCCUGUUUGCCCUCAACCCUCGGCCUCUGGAGAUUGCCUUCCUCAUCCUGGGCAUCGGCUUACUGGACUUCUGUGGCCAGGUCUGCUUCACCCCGCUGGAGGCUCUGCUCUCAGACCUCUUCCAGGAGCCAGACAACUGCCGCCAGGCCUUCUCCAUGUAUGCCUUCAUGAUCAGCCUGGGGGGCUGCAUUGGCUACCUGCUUCCAGCCAUCGACUGGGGUGGCAGCUUUCUGGCCCCAUACCUGGGAGGGCAGGAGACCUGCCUCUUCAGCCUCCUUGCCAUCAUUUUCCUCGGCUGUGUGCUGGCCACGCUCUUUGUGACAGAGGAGGCAGCCACCCAGGCGGAUGCUCUGGAUGGCCCAGCCCUGAAGGAUGCUCCCCCUAAACCCUCACCUCCUGCCUGCUGCUCUUGCCACAUCUCCAGGAGCUCAUGUCUCCUGCAGGCCAGGCACAUGAUGCAGGCCCUGAGGAACCUCUGCACGCUGGUGCCACGGCUUCACAGCCUCUACUGCCGCAUCCCCAAGGUCAUCCGGCGCCUGUUUGUGGCCGAGCUCUGCAGCUGGAUGGCACUCAUGACUUUCAUGCUGUUCUACACAGACUUUGUUGGGGAAGGGCUGUACCACGGUGUCCCCAGGGCCAAGCCAGGCACGGAUGCCAGACGCCACUACGAUGAAGGGGUCCGCAUGGGCAGUUUGGGCCUGUUCCUGCAGUGCAUCACAUCCAUCUUCUUCUCGACAAUCAUGGACCGGAUGGUGACGCGCUUAGGGGCGCGCGCGGUGUACCUGAGCAGCGUGGUGUUCUUCCCCGGGGCUGCCAUCGUCAUGUGCCUCUCCCACAGCGUCACCGUCGUCACCGUCUCGGCUGCUCUGACAGGCUUCACCUUCUCUGCACUCCAGAUCCUGCCUUACACGCUGGCAUCGCUGUAUCAUCAUGAGAAACAGGUGUUUCUGCAUAAAUACAAGAGCAAAGAGGAGGAAGCUGCAGCUCGCUUGGACAAGAAAUCCGCUUUCUCCAAAGGCCUGCUUUCCAGCCAGAAGCUGCCUUACCAGAACGGACACUCUGGGAGCCUCUUCUCCUCCUCCUCUUCCUCCCCUGCCCCAGCUGCCAGCUCAGCUCUGUGCGUCAGCUCCUCCUGCGACGUCUCCCUCAGGAUGAUGGUGGGAGAACCGGACUCGGUGGCUCCCGGCCGAGGGAUCUGCCUGGACCUGGCUAUUUUGGACAGUGCUUUCCUCCUCUCUCAGGUUGUCCCUUCCCUCUUCAUGGGCUCCAUCGUCCAGUUUACGCAGUCGGUGACUGCCUACAUGGUGUCAGCUGCUGGUUUCGGCCUCGUAGCCAUUUACUUUGCAACCAAAGUUGUCUUUGAUAAGAGUGACAUGGCCAAGUCCGUGGUGUGAUGUGAAGGCACACGGGCAGCACGUGGCCAAACGAGUCCUCUGUGUGUGUGUGUGUGUUCAUGUGGCCACUGGUGCAAAGCCUCGUGUGGUACCUGCUCUCCCCACGCUGCUGCUGCAGCCCCGGGGGUAGUUCUGGGGCUGGGGGCAGGAGAGAUGCAGCAGGGCUAAUCUCAGGUGUAAAUGUGAGGCACUGGGGCAUUGUGCUUUGGGCCAUCAGUGCUUUCCAAAGGUGCCUUUAUCAAAAGACAGCACUGCACAGCCAGCACCAAAGGGGGUUAUCUGGGGGGGGAGAAGGGAAAUUGAUUUUUCCUUUAAUAAUGGGUCAUUUUUCUAAGCAGCAGAGGCAAUGGCGAGGGGAGGGAAGGAAUCAUUUAUUCUCGUGUUUUCCAGUUAGAGCUGAACCCUCUUCGCCAGCCUGUUGCAGUUCUACUCAACUUCUUGAGCAAUACUUCUGCAAAUAGGGCACUGGGAGGAGAUUUCCUUGGGAAAAAAAUAAGAUGGGUGGCUAAGGUACCCCUGUGUGUGUGCACACGCUUCCAUUCCCACCUCUGCUCUGCUCUGAUCUGCUCGGCUCUGCUCGGCUCUGCCAGGGAGAAACCAUCAGGAGAAAAGCGACUAUGCCUUGUUUCAGAAAAACAAGUUAAAGUUUCAUUAGGACCAGUUCCAAAA